CUCCCAAAUUUAACUUUAGUUGGGCGGAGUCAACUAGGGUGGCUAAACAAAUCGUGUAAUGGAUAAGGUUGGUUGACUCAGUCAUCACAAACUUCAACCCGAGUUCUUGGAAGAAGUUCAUGUCAUUUUGAUGCAUAUAUUCAGGGCAAAAACUCAUUGAAUUCAUCAAUAAGUUUGGCCCUGAGUUCAUAUAUUCUCUCUUACAGCUACCCAAAUCCUCAACCAUCAUCAAUAUCACUUCAAACAUGGAAGAAAUACAGUUCAAAUCCGACUGUCAAGAAGUGAAUGAUGAAGAUGACUAUUCAGACAUGACCCUCCGGCCAUUAGACCCGGCCGCCGACAUCGAUGAUUUCAUGGUCUGGGCAACAGAUGAGAAAGUAACUAAGUAUUGCUCUUGGGAACCUUUCCCUUCCAAAGAAGAUGCCAUGAAAUAUAUUAUCAAUAAUGUUGUUCCUCACCCUUGGUACAGAGCAAUAUGCCUGAGAAACCGGCCUAUCGGGGCGGUUUCGGUGACAAAAAAUGGUGGGAAUAAUAGUUGCAGAGGUGAACUUGGUUAUGUCCUAGCAGUAAAGUACUGGGGCAAAGGGAUUAUGACAAGGGCUGUGAAAAUGGCAGCUGGAGAUAUAUUUAUGGAGUGGCCACACUUGAAGAGAUUGGAGGCUCUGGUGGAGGUCAAUAACUAAGGUUCUCUUAGGGUGUUGGAGAAGGCUGGGUUUGAGAGGGAAGGUGUUCUUAGGAAGUAUUGUCUUCUUAAGGGUGAACCAGUUGAUCUGGUGAUGUUUAGCAUUCUCUCUCCUGAUUUCCCCAAAUAAAAAUUUGAUGUAGUAGGUGGAUUAUGAAUCUUGAUUUAUGUGUGUGUAACUUAUCAUUAGUGUUAUAUGGAUAGCUGGAUUUAGGCCUUUUAUUGUGUCAAAAUAUGAUUUAAAAUGGAU